GAAGAAGAAGAAGAAGAAGAAGAAGAAGCCGCACUAAUGGUAGUAGAAGAAGAAAAGGGAGCCGACUGUUGUUGCUUAACAUUUGAGCACCGAGGAGUCUCUAAAAAUGAUGAACCAAUGCAGCGAUGUCGACUCGUAUGAAAUCGAGGAGCCGAGCGACGAGGAGAGAGCAGCUAGCAGUUCGGAGGACGAGCUGGAUGUGCUGCUGAACGGCACUCCGGAGCAGAAGAAGAAGCUGAUCCGAGAGUACCUGACAGGCGAGAGCGAGUCGUCCAGCGACGAUGACUUUGAGAAGGAGAUGGAGGCGGAGCUCAGCUCCACCCUCAGGACGCUGGAGGACGCCUGGGCGCCCGCCGACGCUCGCGGAGGAGGAAGCGGCGGUGACGGUUCCACGCUCGCGAACCCUGCCAAACCUCAGAUGUACGACGAGAUCUACUUUGACUCAGACUCUGACGAAGAAGUCAAGCCCGGCAGUUCCGGCGGGCGGCAGCGUCUGGCCCGGCGCCGCGUCCUGACCGACGACGAGCUGCUGUACGACCCCGACGAGGACGAGCGGGACCGGGCCUGGGUGGAAGCCAGGCGAUGGGCGUACCACGGGCGGCGCCCGGCACCGUGCGCGCGCUCGCCGCAGUCGCGGCAAAAAAGUCUUCCCAGCAGCGACGCCAUCCUCAACUGUCCCGCGUGCAUGACCACGCUGUGUCUCGACUGUCAGCGACACGAAAAGUACCGCACGCAGUACCGUGCCAUGUUCGUCAUGAACUGCAGCGUGAACAAGGAGGAAGUUCUGCGCUACAAGACGCCAGCUGCGAGGACGCCGCGGAACAGGAAGCGCGGGAAGGACGCGACGGUGGCGGCGCCCGCAGGGAUGGACGCGGACGAGCUUUACCACCCGGUGCAGUGCUCAGAGUGCUCCACAGAGGUCGCUGUGCUGGACAAGGAUGACGUCUACCACUUCUUCAACAUCCUGUCCAGCCACUGCUGACCUUUCUUCUUCUUCAUGGACAAGAACGUCCUGAGGGGACAUCGGGAAUGUUUCACGAGUUGAAUUUGAAGCCACCCUGAUUCCACACUUUUUUGUUUUGUUUUUAGCGCUGAGAAAACAUUUGUCAUAAUCUGUCAUAUUUUUAUUUAUGGAGGAUUGUGAGGUGAGGUGGCUCCAUUAAGUGGAAUUUUAGAAUUUAAAAAAAAAAAAAAAAAAGUCCUCACUUACUGUAAACAAACGAAGAUUAUAGUAAAGAACUAGGUGUUUUUUUUUCUUUAAAAAAAAACGUUUACUUGUGAGAUAUUUUUUGUAAAGCUAAAGUUCAGAAGUAAAUUGAGCGACAGAUGACAUAAAUGUGCAAAAUAGUGCCAAUUCUGAAAUUCUGUUGCUUACUAAGAAUACAAAAUAAUCAUUUUCCCAAAUACACGUACACACUAAUAUUUAGGAAGUGGCUGGGCAUAAAAAAUUUUUUUGUCAUUUUUAAUCUGAAUAUUCAUGUUUAUGAUGUUCAGUUGGUAAGCACCACCAAGAAUUUAUGUAACGCUGUUGCUAUGAUGAUUAAUGUAAAACUGUAUAUCGGUGUAAACAAACCUCAGAUUAAAAAAAAGACGUCG